AUGGUGCGGCGCGUGGCCAUUAUUGGGGCCGGCGUUGGCGGGUUGGCCUCCAUCAAGUGCUGCCUGGAUGAGGGGCUGGAGCCCACCUGCUUCGAGAGGAGCGAGGACAUCGGGGGGCUCUGGCGCUACACGGACUCCACAGAUGGUGGGAGGGUCAGCGUGUACCGGUCAGUUAUCACCAACACCUCCAAGGAGAUGUCCUGCUUCAGCGACUUCCCUUGUCCAGAGGAUUUUCCCAGUUUCCUACCCCACGGCCUCCUCAUGGAGUACUUUCGGAUGUACGCCCAGCACUUCAACCUCCUGCGGCACAUACGCUUCAAGACGACAGCCGUCAGCGUGAGGAAACACCCGGAUUUCGCCACCUCAGGCCAGUGGGAGGUGGUGACCGAGACUGACAGUGUCCAGGAGUCACACGUCUUCGAUGCCGUCAUGGUUUGCACCGGCCAUUACCAGGAGCCCUACUUACCAUUGGCUUCUUUUCCAGGUAUCGACACUCGCUUCAAAGGCCAGUACCUCCACAGCCGGGAAUACAAAGAUGUGGAGGCUUUCCGGGGAAAGCGGGUCCUCGUGGUUGGCAUAGGCAACACUGGUGGUGACCUCUCCGUGGAGCUGAGCCGCGUGGCUGCAAAGGUGUUCCUCAGCGCCAGGAGCAGCACGUGGGUGCUUAGCCGGGUCUCGGAUCAUGGCUUCCCCUUCGACAUGGUCAACACCACCCGCCUCAACCACUUUCUUGAAUGGCUUCUCCCAUCAGCCCUCAUGAGGAGGAUCAGGUUUUGGAAGGUCAAUUCGUGGUUUAACCAUGAGAACUAUGGCUUGGCUUCCACCAAAAGCUCCAACUUCAAGGUAAUUAUCAAUGAAGAGCUGCCAUUUUGCCUCCUCUCUGGGACCGUUGUGUUGAAGCCAAACGUGAAGGAGUUCACCGAAACCUCUGCUGUUUUUGAAGACGGGACAACCGAAGAAAACAUAGAUAUGGUGCUCUUUGCCACGGGCUACAUCUUCUCGUUUCCCUUCCUUGAAGAGUCGGUUCGCAGCCUCUUUGACGAUAACCGUUCCCUCUAUAAACACAUCUUUCCUCCCCAGCUGGAAAAGCCGACACUGGCCAUCAUCGGCUUAGUCCAGCUGACCGGCUCUGUGAUGGUGGGAGCAGAAAUGCAGGCUCGCUGGGUGACAGGGAUCUUUGCAGGCUGGAACAAGCUCCCUCCCACCAGCAGGAUGAUGGCUGAUGUUUUGAAGAAGAAGCGGCUGGUCAAAAGGAAUCCAUCCGAGAGGGAGAACUUGAAGAUAAGUUUUAUCAGCUACACGGAUGAAAUUGCUUCCUGUGCUGGUGUAAAGCCCAGCAUGCUGAGGCUGCUCCUGACAGACCCUCGGCUGGCCCUGGCCAUCUUCUUUGGCCCCUGCACACCCUACCAGUACCGACUGAUGGGACGGGGGAAGUGGAGCGGGGCCAGAGAUGCCAUCCUGACUCAGUGGCAGCGGACACUGAAGCCCUUGAGAACUCGGGUGGUGGAUGACUCCUCCGACGGCUCCCAUGGCUGGCGCUGGAUGUGCUUUCUGGCCCUGCCGGUGACUCUCACAGCAGGUUUCCUCCUCUCUAAAUACCCCCGGCUGGGCUGGAGCCCCCGGCCAUGUCCCCAGCUGUAG